GUACAAAAAAGUGAUGUAUUGGAUGUAUGGAAUGAGCCGUAUGAGGAUAAUGCAGACUUGGUUUUGGUUGAUCGUAUUGAAAUCGUUAAUUACACUUUAACGACAGCUGGAUACGAGAUUGACGUAAAAUAUUGGAAGAAGUUUCUUGUCGAAAAUUGGCGAUCGAAUUCGAAUUGA